AUGGAAUGCAAAUUGGUUGACAACUUCCAACAUAAUACGUCUUUGCCACUGCCAACUGUACGUCAAAACUAUAGUUUGUAUUUACCGUUGUCUACUCCACCUGAUUCGACAUCGAUGACAAGUCCUCUAAUCAGUGAUCCAACGUCUACGGUAACUGAUUCUAAACGGGACACUCCACAAAUUUCGCACAACAGGCGUGAAACACCGGAAGGAUUAACCAUGCCACACAAUCCAGAAAUUAGCCCAAAUCAACUCAAUCUGACAAGUGAAUCAGAGACUUCAUUUUUGUCACUAGUUCCUAAUGAGUUAAUCGAUUUAACAACCUCAACAUCCUCUCAUUAUAUGCCAGCAGUAAAUAACAGUGUAAGAAACGCGAAAUCCUCCAUCGACUUUUUAGCGGAUAUGAAUAAUGAAACUUUAAUGUUAAAUCAAUCAAAAUGCUACACUCCAAUGGUAUUCAUUUCAAAAAAAGCAUCACCAUAUCCAUUGAUGGAAAAAAUUAUUUCUUCCAGUCAAACUGUGGGAUCUUUUGACAGAAAUCAACAAGGAGAUAAUUACGCUCAAUUAGAUGUAAUUUCCGAUAACCAUGAUGUUUUAAAAUGGGAUUAUGCUGGAGAUAUAGCUUCGAAUCAUUUAGGUGUUCCAAGAAUUAUUUCACACUCUAGUCUAUCUUGUCACCCUGUCAAUUAUGUUGAUAAUGGGAACUAUGAUAUCAAUAUGACAAUGACAUGGCCUUCUUCUAGCCCACAUAUUUCUCCAUCUUCUGGAUAUGGUUAUGCGGUUCGUAGAAAAUAUAACUUCAAUACAAGAACUAAUUCUAACAGAAAUCGAAAUGAAUCGUCAAAGACAAAAGGAUUUAAUGAAUUCUCUUCAAUGACAAUAAAUCAUGGUUCAUUUAUAUCUAGUCCAGAUCCUGAAGAUGAAUUACAUAAUUUAUCAUUCAAUAAUUCAAUGAAUCAAAUUAAUCAUUUUAUUGAUCAUUAUCAAUUAUCAUUAAAUGAUUUCAAUAUUGAUUUAUUUGAUGAUUUAAAAAAUAAUCAAAAUCAUAACAAAUCAAAUAUGAAUACAAAUAGUAGUGAAUUUAGUUUAAAUGAUUUAAAUGAUGAUGAAAAUAUAGAAAAAUUGAAUUUGAAUAAAAGUCAAUCAGUUAUUGAAUUACAUAAUCAUAAUAAUCUAUUACAUAAUAUAAAUCAGAAUAGAAAUGGAUCAAAUACAAUAAUAUCAAUGAAGAAUGAUUGGUUUAUCAAUGAAUUAUCAGAAUCCUAUAAUCAAUCAAUAAAAACAUUGAAAUCAAUCAAUAUAAAUAAUCAAUUGAUUACCAAUGAUGUAAUGAAUAAUAAUAAUAAUAAUAGUGAUAUAAAGGAUAAUAAUAAUGAGCAGGAAACUUUAGCAAAUUCUUCAAUGCAUAGUAACUGUAGACUUGUGAACGAAUUAAAUGAAAAUAAUAAUAAUAAUAACGACGAAUUACAGUCACCUUUAGAGGAUAAUCAACAUGAUUUAUCUUCAUUACAAACUAUAUCUGUAUUGAAUACUAUAGAAACGGAUUCUUUUUUACACACAAAUAAUAACAUAUCUAAACAAGAAAUUUCAACAGUUCAACUGUCAACAUGUUCAAAAGACUGGUCUCAAUUACCUUUGAAUGAUUUUAAUGAACCAGAAGAUAUGUGCUAUAUUGUAGAUGGUGUACUUUCAUCAGCACAAGAUACAAAUAAUUGCUCAGCUAUUACAACAGUAACACCAUUAAAUGAAAAUAUAUAUUAUCAAAAUGGUUUUGAUGCAGAAUCGGAAGGUUGUAGAAGUAGUGUUAUAAUGGAUGAAAAUUGCGAGAAAGAAAUUAUCCCUAAUUAUUAUGAUGCCCAUAAUGAACUUGAUCAUUUAUUGAUAAAAAAUACUGAUAUAAAAAUCGAUGAAAUUUCCAAAUCAUUUACACCAUCUAUUCAAAAUGAUAAAAUAUCAAUGAUAACAACGCCAACAACAACAACAAACGAGAUAAGUAUUUGUAAUAGUACUCAAAAUGAUAUGUUAACUACUAAAUGUAAAUGGUUAUCUAAUGAUAUGAAUAUAACAUUAUCUAACGUUUCUCCUACAAUCUUCUCUAAUGGAAUACAAUUAGUUACUCAAUAUACUACUCAUAAUUUACCAUAUAUACAUUAUGUUGCUUCUAAAAUCAAUUCAAACAAUCUACCUGAAUAUAUACCAUCACAAUAUAGCAAUUUAUCUAUGACUGGAUAUCAUUCUAAUCAUGUAAUACAAAACAUACCAACCUGUGUCACUGUAUUCAGUCACAGCGACACAACUUCAAUGAAACAAGAACAUUGUCUUUCAUUAAGUUCUGUUGAAAAUAAAGUUCCCCGAAAUAGAUUUAAUGAAAAUGAGAUAAUCAGUAGAGAAAAUAAUGGUAUACAUAGAAUGUUCCAUAUACCUAAUACUUCUACGAAGCAAACGAUUGAUUUAUCUUCUUUGAAUUUAAAUAAACAGAGCAAAGAUUUAUCUUCCAUAUACCAUCACCAUCAUAUUAGAUCAACUGUUACAUCAUCAUGUAAUACAGGAAUUACUACUUGUCCAUUAUUAACUCAAAAUAUAAAAGUUCAACAUCAUGAAAAUAAUAAGCCAAAUGAACAUUUAACAUGUAAACAUUAUUUAUCUAAAGAUGAUUUUGAAUUAAAUUCAAUUAUAACAAAUCCUAUCUGUACUAAUCAAAAUGAUGUUAAUAUAUACAAAGUGAAAUGUGUUCCUACACAUUCAUGUAAUUAUUCGAAAGACAAUAUUAAGAAGUUCGAUACUAAGUUAGUUCAAACCACAGAUUUCACCGAUCAAAAUGACUGUACAUGUUAUCACACUUAUAGAAUUCAACCAGAUAAAAUUAAAUAUUCACAAAUAAAAAAGUCAACAUUAAAUCCUGAAUGGAUUGAACAAUUAUUUACCGAUAAUACAAAACUUGCCAAUCAUCAGAAUUCUUCACAAGAAAUUACACAAUCUAUUUAUAUGACACCAAGAUCAACACUUAUAGCACAAUUAAGAUAUAUAUUAUUAAAACAAAAACUUAAAUUAUUACAUACACGAGAUGCAUAUUAUUUAAGAAAGCGUAUUGUAAAUCAUCUUGAAAAGUUUUUAAAUCAAAUAAAUUCAUCAAAUACAUUACCUUUAUCAAAUUCUCUACCGGAUGAUUGGGAUACAGAUACUGAGUCUUUAUUAUCGGAUUUAUUUGAAAAAGAUAUCAAUCCUAUAUUGAAUGAAUUAAAUACUGGAAAUAGUUCAAAACUAAAAUCAUCCACACAAAAAUGUAAAUUAUUAACUAAUGAACAUGGAGAAAAUGAACAAAUCAAUAAGAAAAUGUUGAAUAAACGAUUAUCAUCUUCAUAUGAUAGAGAAAUAUGUCAUAGAAAUGCUCAUUUUGAGGAAGAUCAAAAAGAUGUUCAACAGGCUGACAACAAAAAUAAGACUGAAUGUAAAGAUAAUGAUAAACAAUUUACUGAUAUUAAGAAACAAGCAGAGAAUCAAUUAAGUAAUAUGGUUAUGAAUGUACAUCUCAAUCAACCUAGUUUUCAACCUUCAUCUUUAUCAAUAUGUAAGAAUUUGAACGAAUCAUUAUCAAGGUUCAUCCAUCGUGAUCAUCAUGUUAAAGGUGAAAAGUCAUUCAAAGAUCAUUGUUCAUUAAAUACAAACAUUCGAUUAUAUUCAUCCUCAGAAAAUAUAGUGAAUGGCAUAUGUGCAGCAUUAGGUGGUAUAUCUUGGUUUCAACCUUUCAAUGAUAAUUAUAUAAAGAAAGAAAGACACCAACCAAUAAGGAACCAUUCAGUGAUCAGACAUACCAAAUUAAAUGAUCGUUUUGAUUUGAAACAUGAUCCAAAAUCAUUCAAGGAAUUUCAUUUGAAUAGUAAACCUUUACAUAUUCUAAACAAACCUAACAAUGUACAUACAUCUAAGAUCUCAUAUUGUAUGCCAACUAAUAACAAAGAUCUACAAACUGAUCAUAAUGAAGUGAAUGAUAUUUGUUCAUGUCAAUGUUAUAUGGAAGAAUCUCCUGAUAUAAUAAAUGAUAAAAAUCAAGAACAAACUGUAACAUCGAAAUCACUGGUAGAUAUGCAAUGUACUAAAAAAAGUCACCAUAUGGAGAAUACAACACCACUACUAAAUACCGUGGACAAAUUGGCUUACGAAGGUAAAUCCAAUAGCUUGUCAAAUCCGAAAAUAACUUAUGAAAUUAGCGAUAAUCCUGAUGGUUGUACAGAUAUUCAAGAUAUAUUUCGAAAAAAAAUGUCAUCAUGGAUAUCACGAAGUGAAGAACGUCAAAGACGUUUACGUUUUAUGAUUCAAGAACGUCGUUAUCGAAAAGAAGGAGAUAUGAAACGAACUGAAGUCUUACAUUCAGUUGUAUCAAAUAAUUUUUCAAAACGACCAUCUAUAUCUCACUUGGAUCAGUCAUAUAAAAGUCACUUUGAUAAUGGAAUUCAUUCAAAUGGUGAUAGUGGAACUUGUUGCUUUGAUCAUUCAGAUUGUUCAAUUGUUGGAUCUGUACUAACAAAUAGAAAUAACAGUAAUACGUAUUUUAAAACAGCUAAUUCUGACAAGGUUCUUAAACGUAAUUUCAUGAAAAAUCCCAGUCGAAAAUCACAACUUGGUGUUAGAUAUGAUCGAAAACAGUUAAUACAAGAAGAACAUCGACCUAGAUUAUAUCAUAAUUCUAUACAGAACCAAGUUAAUCAACAAAAAAUUAAAUUGGCUCAAUUACGUGUUAAUCGACUCCGAAUGAAAAUAUAUAGUGAAAAAAUUCUACGUUCUGUACUUCAUGGUAAUUCAUCGUCAAUAAUAUUUAAAGAAAUUUAA